UGUUGGGAAAUAAUAUCAAUCAUAUUGAAUCUUGGAUACGAUGAAAAUUCUUUUAAAAAAACAAUGAAUAUAGAAAUGGAUAAUGAAAAAAAUUAUCUACUCAGUUGGCUAUUCAUCAAUCUUGGUUAUACUGGCAUACAAAUGAAACCAAUAGAUUGGUCUGAAUGGAAAUCCAUAACGAAUGUAAUAAUCAAUUUGAUUAUCAAUGUAAAUAUUGCCUAUACAUAUGUUAUCAAACGUAAAUUAUCAUGGGAAACAAAUAAAUCAAAUGAAUAUAAAAAUCUAAGCAAUUUUAUACGAAUAUUUUCCGAUCAUUAUGGUCAAUUAAUGUGGUUAUUCACUACAAUCUAUCAAUAUGUUAAUAUGCGUUCAAUUAAAUCAUCUGUUUUAUAA